AUGUCCAACCUAACAUGUGCGUCAGUGGAAGACCGGAACCGUCUGGAAAGUUUGAACCUUGUGAUUUCUCAAUUUGUGGAAUUGACUGCCGCUGUUGUAACAUUGUCCUUCACAUAUUCAGCUGUCCGAUUAAUGCUCAAAAAGUCCAUUUUACAAUGGUCAACUAAAAUUUUGUUGCUUCAAAGUCUAUUCUAUGCCAAUUUAUAUCAACUUGCAUACGGACUUGAAGCCUCCGUUCUACUGUUUAGCAUGAGCCAUGAAACCUGCGAAUUGCUACAAACAGAAGCUCAUUGUGCACCAUACUUACAAGUUCUCUUGGGAUCAACGAGCGGAAUAAUUUAUGGACAAACUGGUUUGAUGGUUGAAAGAACUUGUGCUACAUUCCUGAACAGUUAUAAAAAAAGAAAAAGCAAAAUUAUCGGAUUCUCAAUUGCACUUGUUGUAUUCAUUUGUAGCGUAUGUACUGGAACAUUUCUAAUGUGGAACGACCCAUUGGAUGGAGCAGUUCUCGGAUGUUUUAUGUUCCCAAAACAAAGUGCUGCUAACUCUGUUGUCUAUUUUUCCGUUUGCACAUUUUUGAUACUUUUCAAUUUUGCAAUAUCAAUUUUAUUGAAGAUUUAUAACAAGAAAUUUGAAUUCUCAACGCGAUACGAAAUAACUGCUCGAUUUCGUAAACGAGAAGCUAUUGAUUCCACUGGAACAGUGUGUUUUUUAGCAUUCUCCCUAUUUGUUCUCAUGCUCAUUUAUUCCAUUGGGGUUAGUGUCUUGAGACAUUUAUUGCACACCCAUGCUCUUGAGUCGAAGGAUUUUUAUUUUUAUAUAGUUUGGAUUUAUACAGUUCCAUUUAUUGCAAUGCUUCUCCCACUGCUUCUGAUCUACCGUAUCCGCGUGGCACACGUGAAUCGAGUUCAAUUAUUGAUUGGAUGUACACUAGAGAAACAGUCACAAGAAAGUCAUAUCAAUCAAAUGAAAAAUAUGUGGAAGUGA